AGAGCAACAUACAGCACCGUAUAUCAGCAGCCUGGCUCAGGUGGCGUGAAGUUACUGGCGUUACCUGUGAUAGCCGAAUGCCUGUAAAGCUGAAGGGGCUUAUCUAUAAGUCAGUAAUAAGACCUGUCUUAACCUAUGGAAGCGAGACGUGGGCCGUAACGAAAAAACAUGUCCAGUCCAUCCAAGUUGCAGAGAUGAAGAUGUUACGUUGGAUGUGCGGCGUGACGAGGCUCGACAAGAUUCGCAACGAGUAUGUGCGCGGUAGCCUCGGUGUACGUGACGUGGCUGACAAACUGCAGGAAAACCGGCUGCGUUGGUAUGGGCAUGUUAAAAGAAGACCGCCUGAGUACAUUGGCAACGUGGCACUCGACUUCAAUAUUACUGGUCAGCGACGUAGAGGAAGACCUAAGCUGAGAUGGUUGAGUGUCGUGGAGAAAGACAUGGAGAGUUGCGGGUUAUCCGAAGACGAUGUCCAGGAUAGGGCAAAGUGGAGGAAGAACAGUAGGAAAGCGGACCCCGGCGCAAGACGGCGGGAUUCACGCUAGGAAGAAGAAGAAGAAG